UGCACGCUUUCUUCGCCGUGUCAAAGGUCUCCUGGGGUCAAGGCCGAAUGUCGUCGCAGUUUUCACACGGUGUUCAUUUCAGCACCAACCAGGAACUCCGACGACAUGCUAUUCUCAACAACAGCAACAACAACCGUGAAUGCGAAGACGAAGCCGAAGCCGCCGAGACGACGUAGACGGCAUUUCACGACGGAGCAGCUGGAGACGCUGGAGACGACCUUCAGCAAACAUGACGGCUACAUCGACCUUCAGGUCAAACAGGACCUCGUUGAGCAGUUAGAUGUGGACGAGGCCACUGUUUCGACGUGGUUUUGCAACAGGAGAGCCAAAUUUAGACGACAGACAAAACCUACAUCUUUGUAUACGCAUCCGGUACAAUCUUCCGGAAUCAAAGAUACAGUCGCACAAACAUCGGUCAUGGAAACGAAGGCGGCGAAACAACAUAGAAAGCUGAUCGACCUGAGCAACUUGCAACCAAAGCAGAAUAUUAUAAACACUGGGAGAUGCUUUGAACUCAGAAAGAAGUCACAAUGUCAGCAAAGUGGACAACACUCAAAUCCUUGCCACAAACGGAAGCGGUCUCGUACAACCGAAACAAGAGAACCGGAAGUUGAAACUUUGGCUUCUCGGACCUCCGACCUCGUCGGGAGAUCAGAGAAACUUUAUAAAGAGAACGAGGCAGGCGUUAAUUUCAAUGGACCGCAAGGGAAACCCAAACCGUUAAUACACAAAAGACUAUCUCUGCCGGACAAUGUUUAUAACCAGAUCCUCACUGAAGCAUAUAAUUCUGGGAUAUCCGACAAACAGACCACAAGUCCGCCAAUAGUUUAUAAUAUACAGACGUUCAGCCCUUCAGCGUUGCCAAGGAUACUACCAAUGAAAGACACGUCACAAAACAGUCAUGUUUCACAUUUCAAGACAGUAGGGUCACCACAUUUGCCAAACAGGAGACAACCUACAAAACUUAAACGAAUCCUUCCUAAGUCGGAUGCAGUGGUGUCAUCAUCCCCUGCAGAGGGUCAAGCACCAGAGCGUCUCCCACAAGACGACGACAGUUCACAGGUACCUCCGUCGAAUGAGCAGAUUAGUUCUCGGUGCGGUUAUAGCCCUAUGUCUCUACCCCAUGUGCCAGUGAAGCCUGGGUCCGAGUCUGUCAUGGUUCGAGGUCCAGUGACAGUUGUUCCAGAUAAAGAAAACGUCGUUCACCAGAGCUUAUCUUGUGAAAUCACGCUGCAGUCCAGGGAGCAAGAUCCAAGUUUGAACAACUGCCCCGGGCAUGGAGUGGGCAGUGUAGAGUGCCCACAGGAGACCGACACCGAGGAUCUAAACCCUGCCUUGGAUGAAGCCAGUUACUUCAGUGCCAUGUGUGAAAUAGACAUCGCAUGGGAAUGGAAUACACUGCCCGACGAUGUGGCCGUAAUGUUCCAUAGCUACAGGGAGAGUCCAGAUUGUGCAGGUGGUGUUGAUAUCACAGACACAACAGAGGCUGAACCUGAAGCCAUAGUUGUUGAGAAGAACAUACAGUUACCGUCAAUCCUGCGUUGAUGAUUCAUGUGUCAGUGGUUGUAAGGUUUCAAGUUAGACCGAGUGUAACCGUAACGACGCAACAGACAUUGUUUCAACAAUUUUGAUCACCUAAUGGGAUUUAUGCGGCCAUUACAUUUACAUCUUUCUCAUAUUUGAAAUUUAUGUCAAAACAUUGAGCAAAAUGACAUUCUCGGUUUUUACCAGAUGCUUGCCUGAAUUGUAGACCGAUCCCUUUUAAAAACAAAUAUCCAGAUACGUUGGUGUUGAACAAUCGUCUACCGACCAUCUGUUAUGAAGCCAACUUUGACUCUAUAGUCUCCAGUAAUCGAUAUGAUGCCAUUAUCGAUAAGCGUAAACUGGCAUUUGGUUUAGAACUAGUAAGAAUUACCGUCAAUCCUGCGUUGAGGAUUCAUGUGUCAGUGGUUGUCAGGUUUCAAAUAUCGUGCCAAGCACUUUACACGAACCCUUUAGAACUUCACCUUGGACACUCAUUUACCCCCAGUCCUGCUUGUAUGUGUCGUGUUCUUGUGUCAACCGUUGAGAGAUUUUAAAUGCUUGCGUAGCAAACGACUCCUGUAAGAACUCCAUUUUGGGCUCAAGUUUCAAGCUUCCGGGUCGUCUCACAAUACUAUCAUAAUAUUGUAUAAUAAUUUAAACUGAUUGGGGUGAAAUAUGUGUUUUAAUAAUUCUGGUAGAUCCAAACAGAAAAUAAAAGAGUUUUAUGGAAUGAC